AUUCAUAAUUAAAACCCCAAACUGUACCCGCCAUCCUCCUAAAACCCUAGCGCAUUCGUCCCCCAAGCACGACAGCCAUGGCAACCACCGCCGCCGCCGCCGCCGCCGCCGCCGCCACCCCGCUCGACGAAGCCAAGGCCAGGAACGUUCUCCGCCAGGUUGAGUUCUAUUUCAGCGACAGCAACCUCCCCCGCGACGGGUUCCUGCGGAGGACCGUCGAGGAAAGCGAGGAUGGCUUGGUGAGCUUGGCUCUCAUAUGCUCCUUCUCGCGGAUGAGGUCGCACCUAGGGCUCGAAGGGGAGGUGAAGCCGGAUACUGUGCCAGAGGAGACGGUGCUCGCGGUUGCAGAAGUGCUGCGCCGUUCCUCCUCCCUCCGUAUCUCUGAGGACGGGAAGAAAGUUGGUAGAGCUAAGGAGUUGCUGGAGCCAGAUGAGGUUAUAGAGCAAGUGGACUCUAGGACAAUUGCUGCAUCACCUCUUCCUUACAAUGUAAAACUGGAAGAUGUUGAAUCGUUUUUUGCUCAGUGUGGCAAGGUAAAUAGUGUGAGGCUACCUCGACAUGUUUCUGACAAAAGACACUUCUGUGGAACUGCUUUAGUUGAAUUUUCUGAAGAAGAUGAAGCCAAAGGUGUUUAUGAGAAAACACUUGUUUUUGCAGGGGCAGAUCUGGAAAUAAGACCAAAGAAAGAAUUCGAUGCUGAAAGAGAGGUGAAGAAAGAAGCAUAUGAAAAGGCACAAGCUAAUAAGAAUAGUGGUGAAGGUUAUCCAAAAGGUUUGAUUCUGGCCUUCAAGCUGAAGAAAAUUCCAGCUAAUGGUGGUGCAGAACAAAAUGGUGGGGACAAAGUAGAUGACGCUGAAGGUGCUGAGAAGGAUGGAUCUGCCAAUACUGCAGAGAAAUCAAGUAUAGGGCAUGAAGACAAGGCUCCUGAGGAUAAAGGCGUUGCGAGUAAAGAACAGUCAGAUGGUGUUGAGGAGACGGAAGGGGUAGCGGCUGGGGAAACUGCACAAUCUGUUGACAAGGAUGAUAAAAACCCUUCAAACAAUGAUGAAGACAAAAUCUCAAGGGAGGAUAUAAAAGAAGAAUUCACAAAAUUUGGCACAGUGCGGUAUGUGGACUUCAGUAAAGGGGAUGAUUCUGGAUUUAUUCGGUUUGAAGAUCCCACAGCAGCUGAAAAGGCACGUGCAUUUGCAGCCAUUGCAGAUGAAGGUGGUUUGAUUAUGAAGGGCCACAUUGUUAGUCUGGAGCCUGUUUCUGAUAGUUAUGUUGGGGAUUGGACCUUCGGGAAAGGGCCCGGAGGUUAAUCCUAGACUCGAAAACAUCUCCUAACCUGUCUGCAGGGCCCCGGUAUUGGGGAGCAAGAGUGCCCGAAGGAUAAUUGGCGCCUCCCAAGAUCCGCGAUGAAUGAAGGAGCUCACCUUCGGGUGGCCGAAGGUGACGAAUGGUCACUCGAAAGCACAAGUUUGAUGGCCAAGACCUGCGAUGAAUGAAGGAGCUCACCUUCGGGUGGCUGAAGGUGACGAAUGGUCACUCGGAAGCACAAGCUUGAUGGCCAAGACCUGCGAUGAAUGAACGAGCUCACCUUCGAAUGGCCGAAGGUGGCGACUGGUCACGUGGAAGCACAAGCUCGAGGACCAAGACCUGCGAAGGAUCCAAACACCCGAAGGAUAUUGGGGACAGAGCGCAACCCGAACGAAGGACAUCAGGGCCUUCGUCGGUAGUGGGCAUGCGUGUAAAACGUGAAUACGUGAGAAGGUCGGAUUUGUGCACCUCUCACCUUAUAAUUUUACCCUGAAACCGUUUGUAUGUGAGCUGUAAAUGAGUUGGAAGGGGGCAAUUUAGGAAAGUCUAGCCGAGGGCUAGGGGUAUAAAUAGCCCCCUCUCUCCACAGUGUACGCCUGUACAGUUUUGAAUUUUCUGGUUAUUACCGGAGAAUUAAGUGUCUAUUUUUAUUGCCA